AUGGCGCUGCCGCAGCCCCUUCUGGGAGAUGUGCAGCCACCCGGGUCCUGCUGGGGAGCCCGGCUGUGCCGCCCCUCCCCCCUCUUCUCCUCUAGGCUGGACUUGGGGAACUGCUCGCUGACCACACUCUGCUCCGGCUUCCAGGAGGCUAGAACUGCUGUUAUCAUCGAUCUCACGGGUAAUCCACUGCGGGAUCUUCCCGAGGAUGCUUUCCGAGGAUUCACCCAGCUGCAGACCCUGGCUUUGCCUCAGCACCUGGACUGCCCGGGGGGCAGCAAAGGAUGGGAGAACAUGCGUGUCCAAGGGAGCAGCCGGAGUUGCCAAGGCCAGAGGAAUCCGUGCAAUGGCUCAGCUGGGCUGGUCUGGCUGUGCCCAGAGGCCUCCCUGUGCACCCCGGACGGGCCCGGCUUGUUCCAGUGCCUGUGCAUGAGCCCGUACCACGGCUACAAGUGCCUGCGCCAGGGCUCCUUCCCUUAUCUGCUGUUUCUGGGGACUCUCGGCGCCGCCACAGCCAUCCUCUCCAUCCUGCUCUGGGUCACCCAGCGGCGCAAAGCCAAGACCUCGUAGGUGCCGCCAAGGGGGGGAGGAGGAGACGGAGGGCGGUGUCUCCUCUCUGCGGCCGCUUUGGCCUUCCCGACUGGUAGCCUCCAGGGGUCCAGAAGGCGACCGUCCGUGGCCCGGAACCUUCCCAGGCAGCCGCACGGGGUCUGUUUCAGGCUCCCCCCUCUCUGGGGGGCAGAGAGCCCUAGUGUGGGUGGACGUGCCCGUUUUGGCCUGCAACCUCCCACCACCGCCUCCCAGCCAAGUUCAGCAAGAGGACUGGGGAGGAGAGACAUUUUCACAACACGGUUUGCUGUUAACCCUUUGGAUGGGUAAGAUGUUUGUAAUAAAGUCUGAUGUGUGUAACAAGAAAGCGA